UUUUACAGCGGCGUUUGUUGGACUUUUAAUGUGAUUUCUCAGAACUGUUGAACAUUUAAGAGAGUUUUUCAUUAUUUUUCCCUCUUUUGUGGCUUCAAACCAGCACAUCGACGCUGUUUCUGAUGGAUGACACCGAUUGGUUCGCUCUGCUUUCACACUGGAAACACUGGAGCAUCCUUUACCAAAGGAGAGAUGAAAAGACGACCCACAAUGCUUUGCGUAAACCUAAUUUAAAGUGACGCACCUGUUGACCGCUCAUCAGAACAACCUGAUAAGAUGCCUCUGAUCGAGCUAGUCCCUGACGCGGACUUGGAGCGCUUGGCCCUGGAGCGGGUCGUCCCGGCUCUGCUGUCCCGGGGAUUCUACUUCGUGGACGGGCUGCUCGGUGAGGUGGUCGGGGACGCGGUGCUGGAUCAGGUGAAGCAGAUGCACCUGUCGGGAGCGCUGCAGGACGGCCGGCUGGCGGGCUCCGUGCCCGGCAUCCACCGGAGGAGCAUCCGCGGGGAUAAGAUCGCCUGGGUGAGCGGCGCCGAGCGCGGCUGCGAGGCGAUCAGCUUCCUGCUCAACGUGAUCGAUAAGCUGAUCUCUGUGUGCGCGAGCAGGCUCGGGGGCAAAGCCAUCAGAGAGAGGUCCAAGGCCAUGGUGGCGUGUUACCCUGGAAACGGGGCGGGUUACGUCAAACACGUGGACAACCCGAACAUGGAUGGACGCUGCAUCACCUGUAUCUACUACCUCAACAAGAACUGGGACCCCAAGGAGCACGGAGGAAUCCUCCGGAUCUUUCCAGAGGGGAAAUCCUACGUGGUCGACAUCAAACCGCUGUUCGACAGGCUGCUCUUCUUCUGGUCCGACCGCAGGAACCCACAUGAGGUGCAGCCCUCUUACGCCACCAGAUACGCCAUCACAGUCUGGUAUUUCGACUCAGAGGAGAGAGCCGAGGCUAAGAGACGCUUCAAGAGCCUGACAGCUUCGACACAGCAGCAGGCCGGCAGCUCCAGCUGAAUGUGAGGAAACAUCGCCACCUGGUGUUUGACUUGCUGAUCAGCAGGAAAGGACGACAGGACUCCUCCAGACUCGCAAAGCUUCUGAAAAGCUGAAAGAAAAAAA